AUGACGUCAUGGCUUCCAGAACAAGACAUCACGUUUUUCGCGCCAUCCGACGCCGCCCUGUCCGCCGUACCCCCGUCAGUCCUGGCGCAACUCUCCAAGAACGCCACCCUCCUUCAGGAUGUUCUCAAAUAUCACGUGGUCUCCGCACUCAAGAUGGCGGCCGACCUACAGAACGACGAGCUGCUGGCCACUCUCUUGUCCGGCGCGCAACUCAGAACAAACAUCUACAAGAAUGGACAGGUGAUAACGGCAGAGGGCAGCGUGGUGUCGAAGCCAGACCUGAAGGCCAGUAACGGCGUGGUGCACGUGAUCGACAAGGUCCUGUACCCGGUCCCCACCAUGAGCGUCCCAAUACUGCUCACCUUCGACAAGGACCUCAACAAUCUCGGCUUUCUCGCCUUCCAGGCCAAGCUCAUUGACAAGCUGCAGGGUAGGUCGUGUCGUGUCGUGUUCUGCUCAUAG